GCUUUCUUCCAGUUGCAUCAUCAUUCCCCUGGAAGUCGGUGCUGCGUUGGUGUUCCGGCUGCAAACAUACGCUAUGGUGGAGCAAGUCCCUGAAUCCAUUAACUUUACUGCCGAGGAGGAGAAGAUCCUUCAGUUCUGGAAGGACCAUGACUGCUUCCAAGAGUGUCUGAAACAGUCCAAAAAUAGGCCCAAGUACACCUUCUACGAUGGGCCACCCUUUGCCACCGGCCUACCUCACUACGGGCACAUUCUGGCCGGCACCAUCAAGGACAUCGUUACCCGAUUUGCCCACCAGAGCGGCUUUCAUGUGGACCGUCGCUUCGGCUGGGAUUGUCAUGGCCUCCCCGUGGAGUAUGAAAUCGAUAAAAGCCUCGGCAUCAAGGGACCCGAGGACGUGGCCAAAAUGGGAAUCGCCGAGUACAAUAAGCAGUGUCGAAACAUUGUGAUGAGGUACUCCAAGGAGUGGGAGGUGUCUGUGACCAGAAUGGGGCGAUGGAUUGAUUUUAAGAACGACUACAAGACUCUUUACCCUUGGUUCAUGGAAACUGUUUGGUGGGUUUUCCGGCAGCUGUACGACACGGGCCUGGUCUACCGCGGGGUGAAAGUCAUGCCUUUCUCUACUGCCUGCAGCACCCCGCUAUCCAACUUCGAGUCGCACCAGAACUACAAGGAAGUCCAGGACCCCUCUGUGAUUGUAAACUUCCCAUUGGAGGGUGAUGAGAGUGUGUGUCUGGUUGCCUGGACGACCACCCCCUGGACCCUCCCUAGCAACCUGGCCCUGUGUGUUAACGCCGAGUUCCAGUAUGUCAAGGUCAAAGAUAACGCCAGCGGGAAGGUCUACAUCCUGAUGGAGGCUCGCCUACCAGCCCUUUACAAAUCCGAGGCUGAUUACACCGUUCUGGACAAAUUCCCUGGGAAGGUCCUGAAAGGGAAGAGGUACAAGCCACUGUUUGACUACUUCAUCAGUUGCAAGGAGCAAGGCGCCUUCUCCGUCGUCACGGACAACUAUGUCCGAGAGGAGGAGGGCACAGGCGUGGUCCACCAAGCACCGUACUUCGGAGCGGAUGAUUACAGGGUCUGCACAGAGUAUGGAAUCAUCCGGAGAGAUGACCCCCCCAUCUGUCCUGUGGAUCCCUCGGGCAGUUUUACCUCAGAAGUGCCGCAUUUUGCCGGACAGUAUGUGAAGGAUGCGGACAAGAACAUUAUCAAGUACCUGAAGGAGAAUGGCCGCCUGGUCACCUCUGGCUCCUAUAAGCACAGCUACCCCUUCUGCUGGAGGUCUGAUACUCCGCUAAUCUACAAGGCUGUGCCAAGCUGGUUUGUGCGAGUGGAACAAAUGGUGGACAAACUGCUGGACAACAACGGCAAAUGCUACUGGGUGCCGGAAUUUGUGAGGGAGAAGCGCUUUGGUAACUGGCUGAGGGACGCCCGCGAUUGGGCCAUCUCCCGCAACCGGUACUGGGGGACACCCAUGCCGCUGUGGGUCAGUGAUGACUAUGAGGAGGUGGUUUGCGUGGGGUCAAUAGAAGAGCUGGUUGAGCUCACUGGAGCGGAAGUAACCGAUCUUCACCGGGAGAGCAUCGACCACCUGACCAUCCCGUCUCGCUGUGGGAAGGGUCACCUGCGCCGGGUGCCGGAAGUGUUCGACUGCUGGUUCGAGAGUGGGAGCAUGCCCUACGCCCAGGUGCACUACCCCUUCGAAAACCGCAGGGAGUUUGAAGACGCCUUUCCCGCUGACUUCAUCGCAGAGGGCAUCGACCAGACCAGGGGGUGGUUUUACACGCUGUUGGUGCUCUCAACAGCACUUUUUGGCAAGCCCCCGUUCAAAAACGUGAUUGUGAAUGGGUUGGUCUUGGCCAGUGAUGGACAGAAGAUGAGCAAACGGAAGAAGAAUUACCCCGACCCUGGGGUGAUAGUCAACACCUAUGGAGCUGAUGCCCUUAGGCUCUACCUCAUCAACUCUCCGGUAGUGCGGGCUGAGAACCUGCGCUUCAAGGAGGAAGGAGUGCGAGACGUGCUGAAGGAUGUCUUCUUGCCAUGGUACAACGCCUACCGCUUCCUGGUGCAAAACGUCCAGCGGCUACAGAAGGAGGACGGCAUUCUGUUCCUGUACAAUGAACACACAGCCCAGCCAAGUGAAAACAUAAUGGACAAAUGGAUCCAAUCCUUCACAGAGUCGCUUGUUCAGUUCUUUAAGGCUGAAAUGGAUGCUUACAGACUGUACACCGUUGUGCCAAGACUUGUCAAGUUUGUUGACAUGCUCACCAACUGGUACGUGAGGAUGAACCGGAAGAGGCUGAAGGGCGAGAGCGGGACGGAUGACUGCACGCGGGCCCUGGAGACCCUGUUUUCCGUGCUCUUCUCCAUGUGCAGGUUGAUGGCUCCCUUUACACCUUUCAUUACCGAGAUGUUCUAUCAGAACCUGAAGCACCUGAUCGAUCCAGCAUCUGUGGAGGAGAAGGAUGCUUGCAGCAUCCACUAUCUCAUGCUUCCGCAAGUUCGGGAGACGUUGAUAGACAAGCACAUGGAGAGCGUGGUGUCCCAAAUGCAGUCGGUCAUCGAGCUGGGCCGCGUCAUCCGCGAUAGGAAGACUCUCCCAAUAAAGUAUCCCCUGAAGGAGGUGGUGGUGAUCCAUCAGGACCCAGAGGCUCUGAAAGACAUCCAGGCCCUGCAGCAGUAUGUUCUGGAGGAGCUUAACGUCCGGCAGCUCACCAUAUCGACUGACAAAGACAAAUAUGGUAUCAGGUUGAGGGCGGAGCCUGAUCACAUGGUGCUGGGCAAACGCCUGAAGGGGGGCUUUAAGUCUGUCAUGGCGGCCAUCAAGGAGCUGAAGAGCGCCGAGCUGGAGCGCUUCCAGAAAACAGGUACUAUCGUGGUGGACGGGCACGAGCUUCACGAGGAAGACCUCAGAUUGAUGUACACGUUCGACCAGACCUCUGGAACGCAGUACGAAGCGCACUCUGACGCACAGGUCCUCGUUUUACUUGAUGUCACCCCCGAUCAGUCUAUGGUGGAUGAAGGAGUGGCCCGCGAAGUCAUUAAUCGCAUCCAGAAGUUGCGUAAAAAGGGUCACCUGGUUCCUUCUGAUGAAAUAACGGUGCACUAUAGCUGCGAGCCUGCUGGUGAGUAUCUGGACAAGGUCAUCCAGAUGCACGCGGACUUCAUUCUGUCCACCAUCAAGGCUCCUCUCAAAUCAUCCCCUGUGACCAGCACGGCAAAUGUGAUCGUGGAAGAGAAGACUCAGCUGAAGGGCUCGGACUUGAGCCUGACCAUUGUGAAGGGAGCGUCCGCCCCCAGUUCCCCUUCAGGUCCUGCCUGUGCCUUCGUCAACCUGAAGCUGAAGCUGGAUGGCAAAGAACAGGAGGGUGUGGUCCUACUGGAGAACCCCAAAGGUGACAACGUGCUGGACAUGACGCGCCUGAAGAAGGUUUGCUGUAGCAUCUUUAACGUCUCAGGCACCCACCUUUCCAUCUUCAACGGGAAGACAGAACUAGCCAGUAAAGCUAACCUCCUCAGCCUUCGUGGACAGACACUUUGGGUGACAUCAGGGGCCACCCCCCCUGCUUCUUCAAGCACUGACCCCAUCAUCUGCCCCUACGUCAAUUUGCAAUUGCUCAACUGCCGACCUGCUGAAUGCCAGUCCGGGUUGGUGGGAACUCUGCUGCUGGCGAACCCGGCGGACCAGAACGGACUGACGUACGCCGGGCUGCUUCGUGAGACCGCCAAGGUGUUUGGGCUUCGGAGUCGGAGACUCCGGCUGUACCUGGACGAGUGCGCUACCGAAGAAAUCUGCGACGACAUCUCACUGAAGACAUUAAACAUGAAGACGUUGUACGUUCGAGUUCUACCCACAACGGCAGAAGCUUAAAACUAUUUUUAAAAGAAUAAAUGUCUUUCUUAUAUACUGCUGAAAAAAAAUAUAAAAAAAAACAUGCUGGGUUUAAGGGAGGACCUCAUCCUGGAUCAUUUAUUAGUUGUGUCUCAUUAAUUUUGCUCCUGGCCUUAAACCUCAAUAAAAGAAACUGCUUCUCCCUGUCUGAGACAGACAUGCACAGAAUUUCAGAACAUGUUGUAAAGGGCUCAUUUUGACUGUGCCCAGACGAUUGCUUUGGAGUACUUUGCUGUAAAUGUCACACAGCUAAAAAGGAAGUAUGUUCCAAAGGUUUUAUAGUUCUGGGCAAGCAGGGUUAGCACUUUUCUUUUGAGGUACUUUACGUCUCUCCAACCUGCAUAGAACCUAAGGGGAGUAAGGGCAUAUUAAACCCUCGGUUAUACCCCUGAUCUGGCAAUGGUUACACUUGCACAAGCAGAUGGGUCACCUUUCUCUCUGCCUCAUAAAUAUGAAACCCUAUAUGGAUCUUCCAGAUUUAUAAUUGAAUUGUAUGUGUCUUGGAUAAGCCAGGGCGUGUUCAGCUAUAACCCCUAAUGAUUCAUUUACAGCAGCACUUCACAAUAAAAUAAUGCUCGAAACCAUA